AAAAAGAAGUUAAUAGAGCUAUACAAAAUGAUCUGGAAAUGGAGUGGAGAGGCGAAUAUUCUCUUGAUUCUUCAAAUUUAGAUUGUUUGUUCAAUAGUGUUCCUGGUGACGUGGAGUUUCAGCAAAUCCUCAGUGACAUUGAUGAAAAAAUAAAGAAAAAUUCUAUUAGCAUGGAACACUGUCUUAAAGAUCUACAGUCAGAAGUAAAUGAAAUGUGUAUUGAUGAGCUAUUGCAAAAUACAACUGGCUGCCUUCAGUGGCUAAAUAAUUUCAGUUCUCUCAAACCUUCUUCUACACCUAAUGGAGAGUUGAUUGAAUUCCUUAAGACCCUGCAAAGUUUGCUGAAGAAUGAACAAAAUCAAGAAGAAAUGGUAGUUCACUUUCUUCUAGAUCUCUCCAGUCAGUGUGGUGUAUCAUUUCCAUGUACUCCAAGUGGAACAUCUUUUGAUUUUACACCCAGAGCUUCCCUUCAUGCCAUUGAGGAUGAUUCAUCUAUGGAUGUUCAGUCUCUUUGGGAUGAUGUUAGACUACAUCUUCGACGUUUCUUGGUGAGCAAACUGCAGAGUCAUUAUGAAACAAACACUAGUACUUCACAACAGCAAAUCCAGUUUAAAACUCAAUGCAUACAACAACUUUUGUUUUUUUAUCCUGAAACAGAAGUUUUAAGCAAAUACCAAAAGAUGCAGAAUAAACUUGUUAAUGAACUUCUACAGAAUAGUGUUCUAGCUAGGUGUGAUGAAACCGAUCUUGAUAAGGUGGCUUGUGGUUAUCAAAGUUCAAUACCCAUACUGUUCACAAUGGUAAAAGAAGAUUUGUGUAUGCUGAGUGGAAUUAUGGAUCCAUCCUCAACAUUGAAGUUUAUUAAUGAAACUUAUUUGGAUACCAUCACAGAAGAAAUUAAAAUUCUUCUUGACAGACUUUAUGAAUUGCAGUUCAAAGCAGACACUCUACAUAUAGUUAAUACCGGCAAGAGCUCAAAGAAACAUAGAGGAGCAGUCCAUGCUUUGGGCAGCCAGGAAAAUCCCCCAAAAGGAAAGAACUUUUGUUUAACAUUAUAUCAACUCAGAUGUCUUUCUCAGCUUACAAAACUCUUUUUGUUGCUGGAAGAGAAAAUUGAAGAACUCUUUGAAGAAAUUCUGUUGUUACCUUGUUUCACCGAGAAGAAUAAAAAAGUUCAAGGAGUUCUGAAGAAAGCUAGUGGGAAGCUUUUAAUAGGGGAAGCUAGAGCAAAUGAAACCAGUGUGCUUCCUGAACAGUUACUUCAGGUGAAAGAGCCUGUUUUCUUGGAGUUCGGCUGGAGAAAUGCAUUUAAAAACCUGUCUUCUUCUAUGGAUCACUGUAUAUCAAUAGCAAUUGAAGAUUUUUUAACUAAAAUUCUUCAGCAUGAGCAGAAAGAACAGUCUUCAGCUGCAAGCUAUUCAAUGAGUCUUGUAAACACCCAGCAAAUGAAGGAGUCCUGGGGAGCAGUUCACCAGGAGGAGCAACCAAAACGAAUUGUAAAGUUUUGUUCUGACAUCAUGGAAGAACUUGACACAUUGCUUCCAUUGGCUCUGGCAUGCAGAGAUGAUUCUUUUCAGGAAAUUACAGCAAACUUUGUAGAGGCCUGCUGCAAAGUAGCAACAGCUGUCCUGGCGAGGUUGGAGGAGAGAAGCAGAGAAGUUCCAUCCAAGGCUCCUCUGCAAAACUUACAUGCUGUACUCUCCACAGCUGUAUACAUCUUUCAGAAUUUUAUAAUGUAUGAUAAUUUAAUGAGAAAGACCAGCAAAAAACCUCUGUCUCUAGUGCCUGUCCAACAAUAUCAGGAAUUCAUCAACGUUCUCCAGUUUCAAGUUAUAAACUACUGCGUCAGAGUUUGUGCGACAUGCAUUUUACAGGAUGCCGAGAGCCACCACUGGGAUGACUACAAAGCUUUUUAUGAGGGGGAAAGAUGUUCAUUCUCUGUCCAGAUGUGGCAUUAUUUUUGCUGUGCUCUUCAUCAUGAUCUGUGGACUAUUCAACCCCCCAAGUUAGCCCAGGAGAUACUGACAGAAGUGCUGGAAAAAUCUUUGGCUGUGCUGUCCUGUAGAUAUUCUCAGGCCCAACCCACUUACAAGAGAACUCCACAGAUAAGAUUCGAUAUUGCAGCAAUUUUAAUGUCCACUGAAAAUAUACUGUGGUCAGUUUGCAGCUCGGUGAGGGAAUUCCUGAAUCCACAUAAAGACAGAGACCCUAAAAUCUAUAAAAUACACAAUCAGUGCAACAAUCUGCUCGCUGUACUGGCCAUUUUGACUGCACCUUUGAAGAAUCUAUAUGAGUCAUUUAAGAAUGGUUUUGUUGAGCAAUUUCCUCCAGAUUUCUCUAAAGCAAAUAUUAAUCAUCCUUUAUACUGGCUGUCUUGCUUAGCAUCUUUUUGUCCUUCACUUAAGACUCCAUCAGCCGGAGAAAUGGCAGCCCAGGGUCAACUGAAACUGCUCUUAUCCCAACCAUGUUGUAAUUGGAACUUGCUUUUGGAAACCCUGAUACAUCGUGAUUGUCUCUUAGUGAAAAUUUUAUUGAAGAGUUCAAAAACUGAAGCACCAAAAUGUGAUGGGCAGAUUUCCUACAUAGAACAGAUAAAUUGCAAAGAGCCUAGCUGGAUUGAAGUAAUCUUUACAGUUUUAUCCUAUUGUACUUCAUCACCCAAAUCACUUGGCAUUGGUUUUGAGAGCUACAUGGAUAAAGAACAACUGUGGGAUUACUUAUACAAUAUGUCAGUUUCAAGUUGUGGUGAAUCAGAGCCAGAGGUUAUCAGAUGCUUGAAGCUGACUUUGAUUAAUUCGGUCAAGGGUAUAGUGAAGCAGAUAAUUUCUUUGAUGCAAUCAUGGGAAGCAAGAGAGAACUAUGGAACCUGUCAGCAUAAACAUAUAGUUCCUGAAAGUUUGCUGAAGACAAUUCCAAAGGAAUGGAAAUAUAAACCUAGAGAACUGAAGAAAAAAGAAUCUGGGAAGUGCUUCACAAGGCUUGCAGCUCAGGCAGUAUCUAUUAUAAUCAGCAAGUUACCUACAGUGAUUGCAUGUUUACCUCCCCCAAUUAAGUACUUCUUUUUUCUGGCUGAGAGAAAAAUGUCACAAAACUUUGUUGAAUUGAAGAAAGCUGGUCUGCUUGUCUGGAACUUGAUUGUAAUUAUAUGUCGGAUAUUUGAGGAUGGAAACACUGCAGAACUUUUAACAGGUGCAACACUUGACAGAUGGAGCAAAGAGAAACUCAGUUUAGUUUGUGCAUGUUUGGAAAGUAUUAUAGGAAAACAGAAAAGUACUCCUGAACAAAUGACCCAGAAGGUUAUAUUGAGCAUUCAACAACAAAGACCAAAUUGGAUAGAAAGUCAGUUGCUGAAAGCAAGAAAAUUGAGCAUUGACUGUGCCUUUAUUGCUGUAGAGGAAGCUGCAAUGUUAGAGGAGGGAAGUAUUGCACUGGAAUUGACUGAGCAGAAAAUAAACAUGAUGGUCCUGGAUAUCUGCCACAAACCAGGUGGCAGCGAAUACCUGAGGCAAAUUUAUCACAUCAUCCGGCUCAAUGAGGAAUAUUUGAAAGAACAACUGUCUUGUGAGAAUUCUUCUGAAGAGGAUCUGCCACCAACUAGAUGUUUAAAUUUGAUACUGAAUAACAUAGAAGAACAACCAGUCUUCAACCCCUUCCAAGUGCACAAACAGUAUUGUGCAGAUGUGUUCAAUCAGUCAGCUAUUACUGAAUGGAACUGGGAUUGGUCAAACUUGCUGCCAAGUUAUCUGCAACUGAAUGAGAUGACCUUCAGAGCACUCCUGGCACACAGAUGGGAGAUGAAAGAAGAUGCAGUUUUAGAGGAUGAGGAAAAAGUUAUGGUGGACCACUUAAAAAAGGCCUAUUUUAUGCAGACCAGUCAUGCCUCAGAAGAUAAAGAAGAACAGUUACCUUGACAAGAAUUUGGACUGCACCCUCUUCAGAAUUAAGCAUGAUUACACGUGCUGAUUAACUGACAAAAAAUACAGUCCUUAUACAUACAUGUCUAGAAAGCUAGGGCAUCUGUAUCUUACUGGCUAGACAUUACCCAAUUAUAGAGUAGACAUUACCCAAUUAUUGACGACUCACCUACUUAAAAUAGCCAUUGUCACAUGUAAGAUAAGCAAGCAAUAUUACGUGGAAAUGUGUGUGUCUCAAGUUAAGAGUCCCAGAUCUUGGACACAAGAAGCUGAAAGCCAAAGUGAGAAUAAUUUUUAACAUAUAAAGUUAACCCUAGAACUGAACAUAGUACAAAUUUCAACAUUAAUGUUACAUACCCUUGACUUUACAUAUAAUAAAGAAGUAUUGAAGGAUAGAAAGCAAUUUUUCACUGCUUUGUACUUCAACUUUAAAACCACAACUGAGUUUUUAAAGCAUAUAAUGUGGCUAUAGGGAUUCCCUAAGAUGAGAGAUGCAAUAUGCUGACAAAUGAGGUAUACAUGCUCUUAGCCAUACUGAUAAUGUGCUAGUAUGGGUGGAAGCCAGUCAGAGUACUUGGAUGUCCUCUUUUGUCAAAAGCUAUUGUAAUAAGUAGAAUACCUAAUUAACUUGUUAUUGUCGUAUAUAGUCAGGGUUUGUAUAUGCAUGGACAUUGACUGAAUUUUUUUUUGGUAUAGCUGUUUUGCAAUAACAAUUCCAGAUUUGCUUUGCAUCUGGAAAUUCAGAAUAAGAGUAGCUUUUUUCUGAUAAUCUUUUGAAGAAGAUUAAGCUAACCUCCAAAACAAUACAUUUAUUCCAGAAUAAUUCAUGUUCAGCCUUAUUCUGAAAUAAUUUACCAAUUGUUGGCAAGCCCUAAAUGUAUCAUUCCUGUUGCCUUCCUGUAAAAAUUCAUUCAUAGCAUCCCUGUGGAAAAUACUAGGAUACUUAUUUCUUCUGUGGCAAACAUGUGCUUAUCUUUACAAUGUAAAGUUAAAAAGACAAA